UGGGAUUCACUUUUUUGCGUGCCACGCAAGGAGUGCCCUGGCGCUUAUCUCAUCUCAUCUCGACGGAUCUUAGCUUGAAGGAUAAGCAGCUGUCGACGGUCGUGAUUGUGCUGCCACCGCAGUAAAGUCACUCGCUGCUCCGCUUUGGUGCAGGAAGGGGCGCGGUGGUUUGCUUGGUCGCGCAGCAAGGCGCGUGCAUAACGGCAUAGGAGCGAAGAAGAAGCCAGGAUCGCGGGCCAUCGAAGAAGUGUCCCCGAAGCCGCUGCCAUCAGUUUCAUUUGCCUGCGACUAACAGGAAUCUUCACUCGUUCCACGGGAGAACGCGCGAAAAAAAACCUCCGAAUUCUCGGGCGAAUGUUGCGGUUCGACGUGCCCAGACCGUAGCAAGAAGGGCUCUUCGCUCCCAGCCCCUGCCAGUUUCUUCCACGCGGCGCAUCGGAUGCUCAGCCCGUAGCUCUGCGGCUGGGACAGCUUGAUCUUGAACUGGCUCUGGGCGAUGCUGGCCCGGCUCACUUGAUCACCUCGCCGGGCCAUUGCCGCGGAACAUAUCGCAGGCACUGCUCGUUCAUUUUGCCAGCAUUUUGCUUUCGCUGGUGACGAUGCAGCAUAAAACUCUUCUCGUGCUGGUCUCUGUCGGGUCUCCCCGUGCUUACGGUAGGAUCUUCCUGUUCGGUGAUUGUGCUUCGACAGGAGGAGGGAUGUCGGAUGGCUGGCUCCUCGGCUUUGGCUGGUUGCAACAAAGUUUAUCUGGUUGCCCACCCGAAGGGUAU